CGCUCGGGUUGGCUGAGGCGCGCGGGGGGGAAGCGGCCGAGGCUGCCACUGCCGCCGCCGCUGCCGCCGCUUCUGGUUGCCGAGAGGCCUCGCUUGAGCCCGUCAGGAGCUGAGCACAGCGGUUUCUCAGAUGCUGUGUGUGAAACAUUUGCUGUGGGCCUGAAGAAAGCUGCAAAUGACAUGGUGCUGAGUCUUCCAGAUGAGCUUUGGAAUGGCCAGCCAAGAAACAGAAGUUCAGAGAUUGAUCCUAGAUAGUGAUUCAAUGAUCGAAGGAAUAAGUGACCAGGUCCUGCUGGCAGUGGUGCUCAGCAUCACAUUCCUUGCUGCACUGGCAUACAUGCUUUUAAGAAAUGCCCACCCAGCUAUUCAUCCAGAAAACCAAGAGCUAGUGAGAGCAAUUAGACAACAAAUACAAUCAGAACAGCAGCAUGUACUUGAAGACAGACAACGUUUCUAUACUGAUAUGUCAUGCCCAGUGUGUUUACAACAGGCUACAUUUCCCAUUGAAACAAACUGUGGACAUCUUUUUUGUGGUUCCUGCAUUAUUGCAUACUGGAGGUGUGGUCCAUGGGGAGGUGCAAUACAUUGCCCUAUCUGCAGGCAAACGGUAACUUUAUUUUUACCACUCUUCAAUGAAGAACAAGAGGAUGCAGUGCAGGUUCUUCAGGCUGUCAACGAUUACAACAGGAGAUUCUCAGGACAGCCAAGAUCGAUUAUGGAAAGGAUUAUGGAUUUGCCCACGUUAUUGCGCCAUGCGUUCAGAGAAAUGUUUUCCGUUGGCGGUCUCUUCUGGAUGUUCCGCAUCCGAAUAUUCCUCUGCCUCAUGGGAGCUUUGUUGUACCUGGCAUCCCCCCUGGAUUUUCUCCCCGAAGCCCUGUUUGGAAUUUUGGGGUUUUUAGAUGAUUUCUUUGUGGUGUUUCUGCUUCUCAUCUAUAUAUCUAUAAUGUACCGAGAGGUUGUGACACAGAGACUGAACAGAUGAAGGCGAAUGUCAGUGACCAACAUUCAGGAGCACUAAGGGGGGUGCUUAACUAAAUGAGCCACUAUGAAAUAAUCAUCUUGACACAUUUUCAGUUUCUGCUAUUAAAUAGCUUCUAGCCAAACAUCUUAUGUAAGCAUGAAAAUUGUCAUAAUGGUGAUAGCGAACUGGAUUUUCAGUGUUUGUUAUAUAAAAGAGAUCUGAUUCAAUAUGUAAUAGACUGCUUACAUAUGUUUACAGUGGAUGAGUAAUUGUACGUUAUUCAAGGUACCACCAAUUAUAAGGGAAUUUCUUUUUGAAUGUUUAACAAAACAAAACAAAAAGUAUUCGGUUUAGCUGGACAUGUAUUUAAGGCACUACUCAAUGUACAGUUUUUUAAUUCAAUGUACAGUUUCAAAGACUGCUUAAUGUCUCAUUGCGGGUGCUGAAGUGGGAGGGAAUUGUUGGUUUUUUAAAUAACCUAGUUUAGCAUCUCUGCCUAUGCAGUAAGUGCUCAAGCUUGGGCAGCAGCAUACUAUUGCACAAACAUUCUAAGUACAGUAUUGCUUUAGCUGCAAUUACAUACAUCUCUCCAUAUAACAUUUGUACCUUGCAACAUUUGUACACUUGUCCAUGCCAUGAUUAAUGAUGGUAUGUGUUACAGAUAAUUGCUAUUUACAUUGCAGGUUCAACACGAUGGCUUGGAUAAAAUAGAAGACAGCCCAUCUCAAGAGGGGAAUAUAUAGUAUAGUAUAAUGUAAUCUUAACUAAACCUUUGAACUUGAAUCAAAACUAGGCUCCCUGAUCAUGUGAAAUGCUAAGUGCUAGUGAUUAGCUGAAAUCUAAAACUGAAUGUUAUACUUGAAAUAACUUCUCGUAAUGGGGACUAUCACUGUCUAGUAGAUAUAAUUAUAUGCGUGCUUGCUUAGAAGUAAUCCUUAUUAAACACACUGGGACUUGCUUCCAAUUAAGCAUGCAUAGAAUUGGGGUGCAUACCUUCUAAGCUUGCACCACAUGGUGUCCAUGAAAUGCUAUGAAACACCUUGUUUGAGAUGCUUACCCUCCAUCAAAUUUAAAUGGUUCUUGAGGCAGGAGAGAAGUGUUGAACAGGUGCAAAAGCACUCUAGAUGCUAUUGCACUUGGGCAUGCACUGAUCUGUGAACCACUUGCCCCCUUACGUCUUGGACAUACAAAGAACUUUGGCACUGGUGCUUUGAACAGCCCAGGAAGAGGAGAGAUAGCAUCCUUUUAUUUAUAUACCUAUGUACAAGAUUUACAAAACACCCCCCAAAAUGCACAGAUUAGAUGCAGGGACUUGAGGCCACUGUGCCUGGAAUGCUCCUUAUCACGAAGUCACAGCCUUGUUUGGCCAGUUCCUGCCUCAAAUAGUCAUCGGGAAGAGAGCGUUUUGGCAUCACUAGAGACAGAGCUCCUUAAGAGAGAAAGAUAUGGGAUCUUCUGGAGCAGCCUGUGGGAUCUCACCUGACUCCUCUCCAGUAUGAAUUUUCUACACCAGUGUUAACUAUGGUGAAGGUUUACAGCAACACUAAUAUUAACUAUAGUUAAUAUCAACCAAUGUUUUAUUUUAAGCAGCUUCACUCUCUGUUUUUUUCAUACUGGCAAAACCUGGCUGGUGUUAAGCAUGGUUGAAGUCAGUACCAAUGCAACUCAGCCAUAGCAGGGAAAUUCAUGCCAGAGGAGAGGAAUGUGAGACACCACAAUCUACUCCGAUCAUAUAACCAUGGUUAAGGGAGUGAGAGCAUUCUGCGCACUAGUCCUUUGACACUUUGCUUUGUUUAAGGCAGUAACUCCUUCAAUUUGAUGAAAUCCUUGCCAAAGAAAACUCAUCCCUCACUUACUUAACUGUACUUUUUUCUAUUAAAGUCCCUAAGUACUUGAAAAUAUAUUUGAUCCCCUUGUAUUCCAGACAAGAGCAUAUUUUGAAAUAUUUGUAUUGUCCAUGCAUCCAUUUCCUUGCAGGGUAUCUGAGAGACAUUGUAAGCAUAUGAACAUGUAUCAAAAUAUAAGAAAAGUGCAUUGAAAUAAUAACUUUUGUAGAGUGGGGAGGUUUCUCUCUAGUCUCAGUUUAAGAAUCUGUGCAUGAACAAGGCAAAGGUUCUCUUAAAAUGCAAAGGCGAUUUCAUUCUCACAAAUGUUAAUUGUUUCUAUGAACUUAGUCUUAAAUCUGCAAAAUCAUGGCUGGGGGAAAUGUUUGAAUGUAUUAAUUCUGUCUCGAGAUUUACAUUUGGUUUGUUCUAUCUCUACUUGACAUGAAUGUUAAAAACAAGGGAAGGGAAGAGAGCGAGUUUAAAAAGAGAAAACACCUCCCAUCAGUUUUACUGUUUUUAAGGCUGCCUCUAGUUCCUUUCAAUACUUCUGCUUACUCUUGUCAUCACUAGUAUGUGAUAGUGAUGUGUUGCCUACCUCGGGUAUGAUGCCAGCCUGAUGCACUAAACAAAUCUUCCUUUAUUUUUGGUCAACCCAAACUCUAUGUAGAAGCUGGGGGAGAACAUAUGAAAGCACUACUGCACGUCAAGAAGUGUAGAGCCUAAAAUAAAGUAUAUAAGAAUAUAAGUGGGCUGUUUCAGUCUUUGAUGUUCCUCUAAAACAUCCAAAAACAGUUGCAAAAAGAGGUUGAGUCAAACCCUAGUACAUAUUGCCUUAUUUAUUUUCUGGUGGCUGAAUAGUCUUCUUAUGCAACCCAUUUUCGCUUUGAACAAAAACAGAUUUCAACUGAUAACGGUAACCACAGAGUUGUUUAGUAGCCUUAAUGCCCUGUUUGCUACCUGCGCUGAUAAUUCUCUUCAUUCAAGUCUGUAUCAUCAGUGCAAGUCCCUUUACGUAACUUUAGAAUGUCUUCCAAGUGGCUUUUGUGUGCCUUCCUUGUCUGUCACUGGUGCUGAUGUGAGAUGUGGGCUCGGUCCACAUCACACCUUGUCACCUGUCACUGUUCAGCACUCGAUUUCUGGAAUCUCUGCAAUCAUUCUUGCAACUCAUAAAAAUAAUACAAAUAUUUUUGUUAGCUAUCCCUGUUUGCAGCACUGAUACUAUGCACAGCCUUAGUUAUUGGAGGCUUAUGCCUCCUCAUCCACGCUCUUCAUGCACCAGUUCCCUAUAGGGUACCUUGUUUAUUUUUCUGCUCAGUUGUUUUAGCGUCAAAUGAUAAGGCUAUAUUUCUUAUUUUUAAAAACUGGAGAAAUCAACAUUUUAUAUUCUCAGUAUAUAAUUUUAAUAUGGAAUCAGUCAUAUGAUCCCUGCAUAAUCUCAAACACACACUGUCGCUGCCAACACAAAACUGUGGAGGAUAACAGGAAAUUUUUAUUUCCUAUUGUGCAUUCUUCUGCAUUGCUCUAGAGACGAUUUUCUUCCAAAAGGAAAUCUGCUUCCUAAUCCUUGAUGGAUAAUGUUUGAUGUGAGGCACGAACGAACUAAUGCUAUUUUACAGGAAUCAUUGCCCUUUUUGCCUGCAUAUUUUAAUAUGUCCCUCUGAAUCAUAUCUGGGGACCUACAUAGCAAUUUCAUUCAUUCCUAAUAGUAAUAAAAAUCCAUUAAUUUGGGGAGAAUAUUUCAGCUCAAAAGCCACAUGCAGUAUUACAAUCAGAUAAGAGAACUUUUCUGUUUUAUUGCAAGGCACUUCUCAUUCAGAGGAAAAGAUGGAUUUUUCCAGUAUUAGCUUUAAACAUUAUCUGGAAGAAUCACUAACCAGAAAUCCUAAAGUUUAGGAAUGAAUCCUGUAGAAAAUAAAUGAUUAAAGUCAUAACUAUAAAGAUUUGGACAAGAGAAAAAUACUCCAAACAGAAAUCUUGUCUUGUAUCUCUUUUUCUUCCAUUUCCCUGCUAAUUAAUGGUCUGUAUUAAUAAAGACACUAGUGGCUACAUAAUGCUUUUUGAUGCACACACACUCAAUUGCCCAAAACAACCUUAAGGCCACAUACUGAUUUAUUUGCUGCAAGUACUAUGUCAGUUGACUUUCAUAUGAGGAACAAUUAAUGACCAAAGUUGGUGUAAAAAGGCUGCCAGAGAUCUAUGCAGUUGUAGGCAGCAUGCUACCAUAGAUGUUUUACACAAAAUGUAAGCUGGCUCAUGUAUUUACUGAAAAUAAACCAUGUUUGAAAUAAGA